CAUAUUUUUCAAUCAUCGCCUGGAAAACAAGCGAUAUUCUCAGUUAGCUAUUCUCAGAAAUUCGAAAUUUUGUAUUAAUAUUUUUUGUAUGAAACUAAAUACAGUUCUUAACAAUGGAUGAUGAUUUAUCGAAAGCCGAUCUUAUAGAAAAUACAUGUCCUUCCUCUGCUGAAGAAACGCGACUUGUGGAGAAGAGUCACUCAGCCUGGCAAGAAGAAGCAGUUCUUAAAGAGAAGGCAAAGGAUAACCAACUGUCCAGGAACGGCCAGCAGUUAACCUUCUGUGUCUUCCAUGACGAAUCGCAGCUGAAGGUGCUCCACAGCCUGAUCGACAAGGAGCUCUCCGAACCGUACUCCAUUUACACCUAUCGCUACUUUGUCUACAACUGGCCAGAUCUGUGCUUCUUUGCCCUCGAUGGAGGUCGCUAUGUGGGCGUGAUAGUGUGUAAAAUGGAGGAGACGAUGGAGGGAGUCCAGAUGGGUUACAUUGCCAUGCUGGCGGUGGAUGUGGAGUACAGGAAGCGGGGCAUUGGAAAGGCCCUCUCUGAAAUGGCCAUAGAGACCAUGGCGAUGAAGGAUGCAGCCAUGGUUUCCUUGGAAACGGAGCUGACCAACAAACCGGCACUGGCACUGUAUCAGAGUUUGGGAUUCAUUCGGGAAAGGCGCCUUUUGAGGUAUUACAUGAACGGUGUGGAUGCCUUUCGCCUGAAACUGGUGCUCCAUGACUCCUGCAUGCUGCCCUUGAGCGAGGAUUAGCAUAGUUAGUCGCGGUUCCCUUUCGUUAAUGAAGGCUUCUGAUAGGUUUCGAGGUGGUUUUCGUUUCUCUGACCUUUGCUCCGUUCCCUUCAAUUAGCGCCCCAGCAUGCUGCUACUUGGGUAGCCCAAGAAAAGUGAUUCUGGAGUCCCAGGACUCCUCAAACCAGGUAGAUGAAACUCCGCCGCCUAAUUGAGCCGCAAAACGGUCGAUUUUGAUGGAAACUGCAGAGAGUCAUGCCGGGCAGGGUGAUCAAACCGAUCGACCAGAAGGGAUAAUUGCCUCUCAGGGUCAAAGUCUCGACACAUUAAGGAGCACUCGUCGCCUCGAUAAGGCUAUGCUUUGAUAGGUGGUCCUGCAUCGCCACCGGCAUCCUUCAGAUUCAUUCAAGCCGAUUGAGGGAAUCCAGUUCAGCCAAGUUCAUGAAGAAUGUCUUUCAGCAGUUAUUUACAAGGUUGCUUGAUUUGAUGGGGCCUGUUUGAUAGUAAAUAAAUCUCUGGUGGUCUCUUAGUA